CCCCUUCUUUUACUGCGUCAAGUCAUCGUGGUCCCCAGCUCGAGUCGCAGCGAGACUCGCUUUACAGCAUCGGGUUGGGCUUGCGAGGGGCGAGGUCCUUUUGGCACGCUGUAGAUGGGACCCAACUCCAUGACCUGCUGCGGGGUCCUGCAGCCUUUGGAACCUCUACUCAUUGCAUAUCUGACAUGAACCACUCUGUUCUUAACGCCUCCUACCCUUCAACAGCUACUGAACGACAUCCACACCCGGCGGCACCGAAAGAGAUUGACUUCAAGCACUUCCAAGAGGUCUACCGAUCCGGCCCGCAUUUCAACCCGGACAAGGUAAAGUCUCCUGCGCAGCUGGCAGCAGCACAAUCGUCAGGGCAAGGCGCGUCAUCGCAGGCGUCCUCGACGAACCACCAACAUGGCGCUGUAGAAGAUCUGCACCAGCUGCCGGAGAGGUUCUGGAAGACUCCGGCACUGCUGCUGGACGAGGCUGAGAUGGACGCGAUCAAUAGCGGCGGUGCAUCGUUGCGAUCAUGACACAUCUCUGGAGGCUGCGUCUCUGAAUUGGUCUGAGGAUGAAGUACACGCGCCAGAUUUAAACGAUCUGGAACUCGUCCGCACCCAU